GCAGAAACUAAAAUUCUUCCCUCGUCAUUUCUUUGACAUCACCACUAUUUAUUUUAUUUCAUCUACAAUAAUUGUUUAAAUUAGUCCUUUUGACUCUGUCUACGACUUUUAUUGCUUCUAGCGUAAUCAAUGUAAUCGCUCACUUUACUUUUAUUCUUGGACCAUUGAGCUGUCAGCUUAUGAAACAUUUAAUUGAUGAAUUCUCAGCAAGUGGAUUUCGACGGUUGAGCAACACCAUCAACUCAUUGUCGAGUCGCCCUACUCUCCAGGCAAUUUCUAGCUUUAAAAUCCACUACACACUAGACUUCGCUAGGGUUAUGACUAUGGCCGCUAUUACAGGUGAAGCAAAUAGCAUCGGAGAAUCUCCGACGGGGCUCCGCCGUAGCGCGAGGAAUGCCAGUAAAAAGGCCGUAAACGUACCUGUCAAGCAAGAGGAGAUACCUACCAAAACGUUGGUUGUACCGGCGCGACGAGGUAAAAAGAGGUCUCGAUCUGAAGAGGAGGUCGAGGACAAAAAGCCGGACGUUAAGCGUUUAGCUAGCGUCACGAAGAAAUCGUCAUCUCCCCCAGCUACAACGCGAAUUAAAGCCGAGACCGAGAUACCCAGCCUGAAGAAGGAAGCAAAUAAUAAGAGAGACGAAAAACCAAAAGAGACGAAGGAGGAAAAGGAAGCAAACCUCCGAGCGAGAAAGCUCAAAACCUACGCGCAAUUUGCCAAUAAGUCCCCAUUUCCGGACUUUCCGCGCCCCACGCCCCAGGAAUGCCAGCGCGCGUAUAGCGCCUUAGCUUCGCUGCAUGGUGAACGGCAGCGGCCCGAAAAAAUAAGCGCCCCAGCCGAUCGUGCCGGGUGUGGGGACUCGCCAUCGGUAUUAGAUGCAUUAGUACGCACGAUAUUGUCGCAGAAUACGAGUAACCGUAACAGCACGCGCGCUAAGUUGGAUAUGGACGAGGUAUACGGCAGUGGUGAUUCCGAGGAAAGGUGGGAAGCAAUCGCUACGGGCGGUACUGCGAAACUGGAAAAGGCGAUAGCUAGGGGUGGCCUGGGCGGUGUCAAGAGCCGAGCUAUUAUUAACAUAUUACAGCAAGUUAAAGAGCGCCAUGGGACGUACUCGCUGGAUCAUCUACUACGACUAGAGGCCUCGGGCGACGAUGAGGAGGUUAUGCGAGAGCUUAUCUCGUUUAAGGGAGUUGGGCCUAAAACUGCGAGUUGUGUGUUGCUUUUCUGUAUGGGUCGUGACAGUUUCGCGGUCGAUACGCACGUCCAUCGAAUCACCGGUAUGCUAGGCUGGCGACCUGCGACCGCAAGCCGCGAUGAGACAUUUGCGCAUCUAGACGUCAAGAUCCCCGACGAAUUGAAAUAUUCAUUACAUGUUCUAUUUGUUGAGCACGGGCGGAAGUGCGCGGAAUGUAAAGCAGGAGGAAAAAAUCUCGGCAAGUGUGAGCUUAGAAAGGCAUUUAAGCGGAAGGAUAUCAACGGACAGGGUAACGGUGAGGGAAUAGAACAAAUUGAAGAUGAGGAUAAUGACGACGACAUAAAGGAAGAACCCGACUUGAAGGCAUCCAGGAAGUAUUAGUUGAAUUUACUUAAAAUAAUAUCCGUAUCCUCGUUCUAGGUACCUAUCCACCUCAGUCCUAGUCCCACUUUACUCCCGCAUUGAUGGCUUAAGCCUUUUCCCACCAAGCAACCUGAAAGCAAUAUCGAGGCGUCACUAUAACGGCUCAAUACUUAGCAGCCGUAAUACAUUUUCAUGAUUAUUCAUGAUUAUUCAUGGAGCGGCCGAGCCAUGCAAUACUUCCAUGCCCGAAGCGGGCUUCUGCGGGUAUUUCCUCAAAAUAAUGCCGAUAUAAGCGGCCGAUUUUUUGAUGGCCACUUGAGCAAAUUUUUUAAUGAUCAUAAGAGAAUUCCUCACUUUUCAGUGGAGUUCGACAUGUUCUCGAUACAAUAAGAGGAGAAUUUAUGGGUGAUAAGGG